UUUUGUUUUACUCAAGAAAGUACUGUAUUCACCUGCUGGCAAGCCACGCCCACUCGCUCCAAUUCAUACCUGAAUGCGGAAGAAGAAGCACCGAACGAAGGUUUUGAUUUCCAGCGCAGUUUUGACGGUAUGUCAUAUUUACAUAUGCACCCAAGAUAGAAGGUCCUCAUGUCAGCAGCUAAAAACAACCCCAUGCUGUUAGCAUUCUUGCUUUCCUCCAUCUGGAUGGUUAAUGGCGCAGAAAACCGUACGGAAGCCGGGACCACAUCCUCCAGUAUUGUGGUGAGGGAAGGAACCAGCGUCCUGAUUGAGUGUAACGUGACGGGGGUCCGCGAUGACGUCAGGUGGUACAGCCCCAACGGACGCCUGCUGGUGGAGGACCCAGGUGGAAAGUGGAGCAUUGACGAGACAGGACAACUCAACAUAAGCGCCAUCUCCUUCGAGGACCGCGGCCGCUACACAUGUGUCGCCUCCAAUGACUCAGAAUUCCGGGACGCCAACUUCACCAUCACGGUGCGCGUGGCCUACACUCACAGCGGCCUGGGCUUAUACUACGUCAUUGUCUGCCUGGUGACCUUCUCCAUCACCUUAAUCCUCAACGUGGCCUUGCUCUGCAUGGUCAGCAAACACCUGAAGAAGACCGAGCUAGCCAUCAACGAGUUUUUCCGCACCGAUGGGGCGGAAAAGCUCCAGAAGGCCUUUGAGAUCGCUAAGCACAUCCCCAUCAUCACGUCUGCCAAGACGCUGGAGCUGGCUAAGGUGACACAGUUCAAGACCAAGGAGUUUGCGCGGUACAUAGAGGAGCUGGCACGCAGCGUCCCCCUUCCGCCGCUCAUCCUCAACUGCCGCACGUUUGUGGAGGACGUCGUCAACCCUGAGACGGAGCCUCUCGAGAGCAGGCAGGAAGUAAGCCUCCCAGAGAAUCAGGAAGAAGAGGUGGUGUUGAUGUCGGGGGAGGGCGAGGGAGAGCGCAGCGGUGCUGAUGUCCAGGUGGCCGUACAUUCGAUGUGAGCUUCACCCUUAAUAUCUUCACAGAUUCCAAAACAUACAGAUUUACAAGAAAAUGAAGCUAGAAGUACAAAAAAAACAGUAAUUUCUUUAAAUUAUUGAAAAACUGUACUAAAUUAAUACAUCGUUUCUCCCGUUUUUAUUAUCGUUAGUAAAAAUGAUUACAUUAAAAAAAACAUUUACACUUGAAAAACGACAUAUAAUUUUGUUUUAUCUUACUGUGACGUGUAAUAAAUACAACUUUAACAACAUUAGUCAAUGUAUAAAAAUAAAUGCAUAUUGUCAUUUUGUCUCAUUUUAUAGAUAUAGAUAUCUAUAUUUAAAAAAUGCUAUUAAUUUAACUUUUUGGGAAAAUGAAGUACAGCAAACUCUUUCAACUAUGAGAUAGAAGUUGACGUAAAUCACAUUUUUUUUACAGUUGUAUGUCUGUUAAGAAUGUUUAAAUGUUUCUUAAAGUAUUGAUUGUACCGUUAAUAAAUCAUAUG